UAUCACUGUAUAUAUAAUCCUAUUGUGCUUUCAUAUUCAAUACAACCAACAGUUGAGACCUCUCCCGACAAUACCUUACACUCUCCUCACAAGCACAAUCAAUUACAGCAGAACAAUACCUACCUAUUCACUAUGGCCUCCCGGAGUGUCAUCUCCAAGGACGAAACCGACGUGCCUGAUUUCCCGGCCCCCGCUGCUGAUGAAAAGAGCGAUAUCUCACCUGCUGUUCCCGCCCAUGUAAUCUAUAAGCUCCUCGGCUUCACACUAGCGAUGGUGGUCUGCCCUCUGGGCGCCUAUUUCCUGACUCUGGAUCUGCUGUUUCGAGGGAAUUCCACGUUCGCUGGAGCAACAGCCGCGAUCGUCGCGAAUGUCGUGCUGAUCGGGUACAUCGUCGUGGCGUUUAAGGAGGAUCAGAGUGAGGCUAGGGAGAGGAAGGAGAAGAAGAAGUUGUAGUCUAAGUCUUCUUUGAUUUUAUGUAUCGGAGCCAGGAUCUCUCAGUUGGGGCUAUUGUAUUGUAUCAUCAUGUAUUGUCAUGGAAGCAAUCGGGAAGUGGGAAUCAAAGACAAUAGGAUGGAUAUAGGAAGGCAAAAUGUUCAUUGAGCUGGCUUGAUAGACGCCAUCCUGUAUGAGUAUCCACCUAGUGUGUUCUCGAGUAGAGCAAUUAUCAGCAGUAACUUAAGGUUAUCUACC